AUGAAAGCAAAGCGCAGCCACCAAGACAUUGUCAUGUCCACGUCUCUAAGAGUAAGCCCGUCCAUCAACGGCUACCACUUCGACACAGCUGCUCGUAAGAAAGCUGUGGGCAACAUCUUUGAAAACAUAGACCAAGAAUCACUACAGAGGCUCUUCAAAAACUCUGGAGACAAGAAGGCAGAGGAGAGAGCUAAGAUCAUUUUUGCCAUAGAUCAAGAUUUGGAGGAGAAAACUAGAGCCCUGAUGGCCCUGAAGAAGCGGACGAAAGACAAGCUUUUCCAGUUUCUGAAACUGCGGAAAUACUCCAUCAAAGUUCACUGA